AUGUCCUUAGCCGCUGGUUCAAUUCAAAAUAAAUUUGCCAAUAUUCGUCCACCACAAGAAUUUUUUGAUGUUAAAAGAAUAUCAAAACCUCAAAAUUUUGGUGAAUUACAAUCAAGAAUUUCUUAUAAUUUAAAAUAUUAUCAAACAAAUUAUGCAUUAAUAGUUUCUGCAUUAAGUGUUUAUUCAUUAUUAACAAAUUUAUUAUUAUUAUUUGUUAUUGUCUUUACAUUAGCUGGUGUUUUCGGUAUAAGUAAAUUACAAGGUGCUGAUUUAGAAUUAGGUCCAUUAAAAUUAACAAAUUCUCAAUUAUAUACUGGAUUAUUAGUUAUUGCAGUUCCAUUAGGAUUUUUAGCUAGUCCAAUUUCUGCUUUAUUAUGGUUAAUUGGUGCUUCAAGUGUUAGUGUUUUAUCACAUGCUUCAUUUAUGGAAAAACCAAUUGAAACUGCAUUUGAAGAAGAAUCAGUUUAA